AGCUCCUGUACUCAGAGAGACGCCUGCUUGAGGAAUCGCGCCCCUGGGACAUCAGAAAGGCCCCACGGUGCCUAAGGCUACCCCCCGGAGCAUGAGCAGAGAAGAUGGCCGGUGCCCACCGCUGCCCACGCCCCGGCUCCCCGCCGCCCUCCUCCUGGUCCUCCUGCGCCUCUUGGGCCUCCGCUAGGAUGUCCUGGCCCCGCCAGGCCCUGCUUUUCCUCUGGCUCUUCUCCCCACCCCUGGGGUGGGUGGGAGCGGCGGCGGGGGCCGGCGGGGGCUCUCCGCCCGCUACCUCCUGCCCGUCGGCCUGCUCCUGCAGCAACCAGGCCAGCCGGGUCAUCUGCACGAGGCGCGAGCUGGCUGAGGUGCCGCCCAGCAUCCCCGUCAACACGCGCUACCUGAAUCUGCAGGAGAACGGCAUCCAGGUGAUCCGCACGGACACCUUCAAGCACCUGAGGCACCUGGAGAUCCUGCAGCUGAGCAAGAACCUGGUGCGCAAGAUCGAGGUGGGCGCCUUCAACGGGCUGCCCAGCCUGAACACGCUGGAGCUGUUCGACAACCGGCUGAGCACGGUGCCCACGCAGGCCUUCGAGUACCUGUCCAAGCUGCGCGAGCUGUGGCUGCGCAACAACCCCAUCGAGAGCAUCCCCUCGUACGCCUUCAACCGCGUGCCCUCCCUGCGCCGCCUGGACCUGGGCGAGCUGAAGCGGCUGGAGUACAUCUCGGAGGCGGCCUUCGAGGGGCUGGUCAACCUGCGCUACCUCAACCUGGGCAUGUGCAACCUGAAGGACAUCCCCAACCUGACGGCCCUGGUGCGGCUGGAGGAGCUGGAGCUGUCGGGCAACCGGCUGGACCUCAUCCGGCCGGGCUCCUUCCAGGGGCUGACCAGCCUGCGCAAGCUCUGGCUGAUGCACGCCCAGGUGGGCACCAUCGAGCGCAACGCCUUCGACGACCUCAAAUCCCUGGAGGAACUCAACCUGUCGCACAACAACCUGAUGUCGCUGCCCCACGACCUGUUCACCCCGCUGCACCGGCUGGAGCGGGUCCACCUGAACCACAACCCGUGGCACUGCAACUGCGACGUCCUGUGGCUCAGCUGGUGGCUCAAGGAGACCGUGCCCAGCAACACCACCUGCUGCGCCCGCUGCCACGCCCCCGCCCCCCUCAAGGGCCGCUACAUCGGCGAGCUGGACCAGAGCCACUUCACCUGCUACGCGCCGGUCAUCGUGGAGCCCCCCACCGACCUCAACGUCACCGAGGGCAUGGCGGCCGAGCUCAAGUGCCGCACAGGCACCUCCAUGACGUCCGUCAACUGGCUGACGCCCAACGGGACCCUCAUGACGCACGGCUCCUACCGGGUGCGCAUCUCCGUCCUGCACGACGGCACCCUGAACUUCACCAACGUGACCGUCCAGGACACGGGCCAGUACACCUGCAUGGUCACCAACUCGGCGGGCAACACCACCGCCUCGGCCACGCUCAACGUGUCCGCCCUGGACCCCGCCGGGGGGCCGGCCGGGGGGCCGGGGGGCGGCCCCGGGGGCGCCGGGGGCGCCGGCGGGGGCUACACCUACUUCACCACGGUCACCGUGGAGACCCUGGAGACCCAACAGGGAGAGGAGCUGAUCCUGCGGGCCACGGAGAAGGAAAAGCCGGGCCCCACGGCGGCCGGGGGCUGGGGCGGAGCGGGCGUACCGGCCUCCGGUGCCGGGGGAGGCGGGGGCGCGGCCGCGGCCUCCUCCUCGUCCUCCUCCUCCUCCACCACGGCCCCCGCCCCGCGCUCCGCCCGGCCUACGGAGAAGGCCUUCACCGUGCCCAUCACGGACGUGACCGAGAACGCCCUCAAGGACCUGGACGACGUCAUGAAGACCACCAAGAUCAUCAUCGGCUGCUUCGUGGCCAUCACCUUCAUGGCCGCCGUCAUGCUGGUGGCCUUCUACAAGCUGCGCAAGCAGCACCAGCUGCACAAGCACCACGGGCCCACACGCACCGUGGAGAUCAUCAACGUGGAGGACGAGCUGCCCGCCGCCGCCGCCGCCGCCGCCGCAGCCGCUGCCGGGGGGCUGCCCGGGGGUGGGCCCGGUGGUGGGCCCGGAGGCGGCGGCGGCGGCGGGGACAGUCGCCUGGCCCUGCCCGCCCUGGAGCACGACCACCUGAACCACCACCACUACGUGGCCGCGGCCUUCAAGGCGCACUAUGGCGGCGGCGGCGGCGGCGGCGGCAAUCCCCCCGGGGGCGGCGGGGGCAAGGGACCCCCGGGCCUCAACUCCAUCCACGAACCCUUGCUGUUCAAGAGCGGCUCCAAGGAGAACGUACAAGAGACCCAGAUCUGAGCCCGGGGGGCCCUGGGGACCACCCCCCAAAUCUCCCCCGAGGCGGCGGCCGGACUGGAGACGGCGAAGGCCCGGA